AUGGCCGUCACCGAGUUUUUCGCCGGCGAAAUUGCGACGGAGCUCCUGAGACAGCUCUUUAUGAUAUCUGCCAGAGCAUGGAGAUACAAAAGCACCGCCGAACAACUCAUCAUCUUUAUAGAGAUCAUUCAACCUUCGAUCAAGGAGAUCCAGUACAGUGGCGUGGAGCUUCCUGCUCACCGUCAGGCUCAAAUCGGUAUGCUCUCUGAAACACUAGAGAAAGGCAAGAAACUCACCGAGCAAGUCCUGAAAUCCCAUCGCUGGAAUAUGGUUCGACAGCUAUACCUCGUUAAGAAAAUGGAGAAGUUAGAGAAGACAAUCUCUACUGUCUGUAGGGGUCCGAUGCUGACCAACAUCCUCGCAGAUGUUAAUUUUCUCCGGGCCAGUUCCGAUGUGCGUUUCCAUCGGGUUGACCGGAGCCGCCUCGAGAUGAAGAUGAUGAUGGAGCUCGAGAUACAAUUGGGUUCCAUGAAAAUCGGUGGAGGAGGGAUGAUAAGGGAGGCGACGGAGAGCGCCGACGAUGACAUGGAGAUUGAGAUCGAGAUCGAGACGAACAACGGUUCGGAGAAAUUUGGGGUUGGAUUGGAGAUGGGCAAGUGGAAGGUGAAGAAGAUGAUGUUCAACACUGAGGGAGGGGUAAUUGAGAUUAGUGGAAUGGGCAGUGUCGGCAAAACCACUCUUGCCAGAGAGCUUGAACGGGACGAUGAAGUUCAAUGUUAUUUCAAAAACCGGAUUUUGUUUGUGACUGUAUCACAAUCUCCGAUUCUUGAGGAGCUGAGAGAACAUAUAUGGGAGUUUUUGACUGGUUGUGAAGGUUUAAAUCCUGUUCCAAACUGGGCUUUACAGUAUCAACAGAAGCUGGUGAUUCUUGAUGAUGUUUGGACAAGAGAAGCCUUGGAUCGCUUAGCGUUUAACAUUCCUGGUUGCACAACUCUUGUGGUCUCACGGUCAAAACUUGCAGAGCCUGAAGCCACUUAUGGUGUUGAAGUUCUAAAGGAAGUACCGACGAUUUUGGUAAGGUCGAGAGGGUAUCUUGUCCCUAAUCCCGAUAAUGUUGUGGCUGUUGAUGAGGAGGAUGCGAUGGAAGAGGAAGCGGAAACGGAAGAGACGGAAGCAAAGUUUCUCCAGCCGGCGGAUACAGCUGAUGAGGCAUGCUCAUUCAAUACAAACAAGCGUGGUGACUCCUCUAGCACAGUAUCUAGUACUUCUCCGAUUUAUCCGUCGGCAUCUAUCAUCACGUCUUGGCAGAAAGGUCAACUUCUGGGACGAGGAUCAUUUGGCUCUGUGUAUGAGGGCUUUUCAGGAGAUGGGGACUUCUUUGCUGUCAAGGAAGUUUCACUACUUGAACAGGGAAGUCAGGCACAAGACUGCAUACAACAACUCGAGGGGGAGAUUGAACUACUUAGUCAGCUUCAGCAUCAGAGCAUCGUGCGAUAUCGUGGCACAGCCAAGGACGGGUCGAAUUUGUAUAUCUUUCUUGAGCUUGUAUCCCAAGGGUCUCUACUAAAACUCUACCGAAGAUACCGGCUUAGGGACUCUGUAGUCUCCGUCUACACUAGACAAAUUCUUGAUGGUUUGAGAUAUCUACACGGCAAAGGUUGUAUCCACAGGGACAUCAAAUGUGCAAACAUAUUGGUGGAUGCCAGCGGAGCAGUUAAACUCGCAGAUUUUGGAUUGGCAAAGGUGUCGAAAUUGAACGACGUUAAGUCCUGCAGAGGAAGUCCAUUCUGGAUGGCUCCAGAGGUUAUUAACCCGAGGCGUACUGGUGGGUAUGGAAUUUCAGCUGAUAUAUGGAGUCUUGGGUGCACAGUGCUGGAAAUGCUGACUGGUCAGAUACCCUACUGCAAACUCGAAAGCCAUGUUCAAGCAAUGUUUCAGAUAGGAAGGGGUGUGCUUCCGGAGAUAUCUGACACUCUAUCAACUGACUCUCAGGAUUUCAUACUGAAAUGUCUCAAAGUGAACCCGGAAGAGCGGCCAACUGCGGCUGAGCUACUGAACCAUCCAUUUGUGAGAAGGCCCUUAUCAUAG